UGGUGUGUGCAUUAAGGGAAGCAGUUACAAUGACUUUGAGAGUGACUAUUAUGGGAUGUUGGUUGACAUUAUCGAGUUAGACUAUUUUGGGAUUGGUAAUAAAGUAGUGUUAUUCAAAUGUGACUGGUAUGACAGAGAUAAGGGUAUGAAAGUGCAUCCUCAACAUGGCCUCGUUGAGAUCAAUUACAAACUAAGACUUCCAACCAAUGAUCCGUUUGUAUUAGCUCAACAAGCACAUCAGGUGUUCUAUACUGGUUACCCAGGUAAGAAGAAGAAUCGAAGAUUGUGGUGGGCAGUAAUUAAGACAAAAGCUAGAGGUAGGUUCCUUCCUAGUGGGACAGAAGAAAAUUUUUCUGAUUUUUAUCAAGAAGAAAACUACAGGAUUCCUACCCCAAUCUCGAUGACAGAUGAGCUUGAUGACCCAGACAUUUUGGUUGGUGUUAAUAGAGAUGCAGAAGAUAUUGAUGCAGCAGAAAUUGAGUUGACAACUAACCAAAUGGAAGAGGAUCUUGAGGAUGAAGAAGAAGAUUUUGAAGAUGAACAAACUGAGGAAGAGGAGCAUGAGGCUGAGGAAGAUUAAAAUACAACAUGCAUAUUUAUGAAUGCUAAUAUAACUAAUUUUAGACUUAUAAAUUAUAGUUGUGCAGACAUGAGAAAGAGCAAAGGGAAAGCAACAGGUCCACUGAUUGUUCUUUACUUUGAUUGAAUUUGUUGACAUUUACAUUGUGAAAUAACUAUAACUUUUUAUUGUUGUGCAGUUAUGGCCAAGAAAAAAGGGAAAGCAAUAGGUAAUGGAAAAGCAGCUUUAAUACUGGCUGCUACUCAAGUUCCUCCUCAACCUCCUAGGUUGUCUGAGCGUGUCGAGGAAUGUCAUGAUGAUGAUGAUUACAUUCCUGAUGGGGACAUGAUUGAAGAGUUGGAUGCAAAUGAAGAAAUAAAUGAUGAAGAAAUGAAUGGUGCAGUGCAAAAUCAUGAGGAUACAAUGAAUGAGGAUCAGAUGAAUGAUGAACUUGGAAUUGAUCCAAGACAGAGCAAUGGCCCAGAACCAACCCUUAAAGCCCCUGUUGAUGCAAAUGGAAAAGUGAUUGUUAGGUGCAAAAGAGGAAUGUUUCUUGAUUAUGAGGUCAGUCACAAAGCUGUUGCUAUCAUGCGCCAAUUUUUUAAUGGUCCGUGGUUGUCAUGGAGGGAGGUCCCUACACAUGCUAAAGUUGGAAUGUGGAACAAAUUUGAGGAGAUACACACAAUUCUUCCAGGACAAUUGCAUCAUGUGCAUGAAGUUUAGAACAAGCAUUGUCAGCGACGAUUGACAACCUCAUUAGGGAAGGUCAGAAGCCAAAAGCUUCUGGAAGCAAAAGGAGAUUUAAACAAAGCCCGUGAUAAACCCCCUAAUUGGAUCUCUAGAGAAAAUUGGAAUAAGCUAAUUGAUAUUUGGAUCUCCCCAAAAUGGAAGAAGAAAUCAGAAGCCAACAAAAAUAAUAGAAACACUAUGAAGAACGGUAGCAUCUCUAAACACUGUGGAGGAUCAAUCACAUUUGUCAAUCAUGACGAACGAUUGAAAUUAAAGUUAGGCAGGGAGCCAACAAUAGUUGAAUCUUUUAAUCGGACGCAUAAGACAAAGCAAGGCAUGGGAGGAUAUGUAGAUAAGAGAAGUGAAGCUGUCAUGGCAAAGUAUUCAGCUGAAUACUCCAAAAAAUAUGGUGAUGCCUCCACCUCAGAUGCUCCUCCACGUGAUUAUGACUUGUGGUUUGAGGCAACUGGUGUCCCAACUCAUGGCCAUGUCUAUGGCAUUAGUCCCCUAGAGGAUCUCACUGGAAUUAUUGGGCAAUCAUCAUCUGCUUUCACCUCUACAAGUCAAGCUCCAGAGCUGUACACUCAUGAAGACCUUCUACGUAUUCUUGAGCAGGAAAAGAAAAAAUGGCAAGAGGAGGUUCUUCAAAAGAUGAGAGAAGAGAUUGGCUUUGGACCAAGACAUGCAGAUCGGGGGAGUAAUGGUGAUUCUGGUUCUGCUGAUCAUGCUUCAUUAUAAUUGUUUUUGCCUUAGAUGAUAGGUCUUUGCAUUC